ACUUGUCCUAGAGCAACUCGCCCACAGAGGAAACCGCCGCAAGAGGAGCAUCUGCUCUCACCUCGUCCGAUUGCUGCGGCAUUCGUGGUUCCAAUUCACUUAAACACGGCAUCUCCUGCACCACGGCGGUGUUGUAGCGUGGUAACCUGCAGGCCGAGUAGGAGCAGUGGUCGGGGUCUUCCCACUGCCACAUCGUCCUGUUCCAUCUUUCUUGCAAUGGCGGCGGUAUCACCAGCACAAGCAGUGGAAGCAGCAGCGGCCGCCACAUUAGCAGCACCAAAGAAGACAGUGGACGCAGCAGAGGCGUCCAAACCUGCAGCAAGAGCAUCCAUUAAAUUGGAAAUUAACCCACCGGUCGUGCGGGAUAGGUAUGCUCUUGGCUUACUGGCGGGCUCCCACUGCGUUUGCAUUUGGUGGACCCUUGUAUUGCGUAACUCUUCCUGCUGUUUCGAUCACCUCGUUCAGGAGAAUGUCGAGCGGCGACAACGGCGUCAGCAAUGAUUUCGGCUCGACGUGUUCGGCUGGAACCGAGGUUGGUGACAUGACGGUGGCAAUCAAGACCUGCGAGUCAGACAUGUUGGAAUCGGACAAGGAGGAACAUUGCACACCACAGGACACCGAAGUGACAGGAGAGGAGCACGAGUUGCCAUACGUCGACGAUGUUGUUCCAGAGGUUGAAAGCACCAAUGAGGAAAGGGAGGAAACCGAGGCCCUUCCCGAGAUGGAUGACGCGGAAGAGAGGCGGGGAGAAGACGAGCACGGCGAGGAGAAGGAGGAUGAGGAGCAGGAGGAAGGACACGAAGAGGAGGGAAGGUGGGGCAAGCGCAAGUUGUGGGGGACAGCCAAGGGCCUCCCGCAGUGCAGCGUGCCGACAGCUGGCAGUCGGCCACCCAACGUCGCUGAAAGCCCCAAGAUUGAGCCGUCCAAGCGCCAACGGAAGGCCCCCGAGCUGGAGACAGCGGGAAAAUGUGGCGAUGUUGGAGCGGCGGCAGGAAUCAGGAUGUCAACGCGCAUGAUCGCCAGACGGCAUCGACAAGGACAACGUCGGAGCUGCCAAGAGCCCGAGUGUACAACAUGGCCAUCGUAUGGUGCACGCCUGAAGAAGGCGGAAUUCUGCAAGAGGCACGCGAAGCAGGGUAUGAUUAACGUCGUAACCAGGAAGUGCAGCCAUCCAGGGUGCAUCAAAAGUGCGUCAUUUGGAAAACACGGCAGCAGCAAGCGCGAGUCCUGUUCUCAGCACGCGAAACAGGGUAUGGUAAACAUUUGCACCAGAAUGUGCGACUACCAAGGGUGCCUCAAAGCCUCAAGCUUCGGCGUAAAUGGCAGCAGCAAGCGCGAGUUCUGUUCUCAGCACGCGAAACAGGGUAUGGUAAACGUUUACCUCAAGAGGUGCGGCUACCCUGGGUGCGUCAAAGCCCCAAACUUCGGCGAAAAUGGCAGCAAGAGAGCGGAGUUUUGCUCUCAGCACGCGACGAAGGGUAUGGGUAUGGUAAAUGUUCACGCCAAGAGGUGCGGCCACCCAGGAUGUGGUACAAUCCCGAGCUUCGGCGUAAAUGGCAGCAAGAAGGUGGAGUUCUGCUCUCAGCACGCCGCGACCGGUAUGGUUAACGUCGUCAGCAAGAGGUGUGGCCACCCAGGGUGCAUCACGCGACCGUCAUAUGGUGAGACCGGCAGCAAAACGCGCGAGUUCUGCAAAAUGCACGCGAAGCAGGGUAUGGUAAACGUGCGCACCCAAAGGUACGUACGUCCGCCCCACCCGAAGGUACGUAUGCCCGCCCGUUGAGCAGCUAAUAUUUGGUGAGAACGGCAGCAACAAGCGUGAUUUCUGCAAAGGGUACGCAAGGCGAUAAUUGUACACCGGAAUGCGCCGAAGAGCAGAGGUCGCCGCUUGAGGUAUCGCUCCCGACGUGCUUUCAUUCGGAUCGUCACGACCGUGGAGUGAUCUUGAAUUCUUGAUCGAUGUAAGUGCGCUAUGUCUGAUACUGGUCGUUCUCCUGUUCGACCAGUGCGUUGUGUGAUGGUGAUCACCACCAGGGCAGUCGUUCGGACGAGGCGCUCGGGAAGCCAAGCCAGGUCGACGGUCGCGCAAAUUGUGGGACAAUUCUGUUUGUUUCUUUGACUCUCAUUUCUUUGAGUCUUCCUGAAAGUAUAGUGACAGAUGGGGGGGUAGGCGAUACUGCUUGUGAUCGUUCCACACAUGAGAAAGGCGAACGGAGGUAGAGAGACAUCCUUGGGUCACGAACCGGGUGGAGGAGGAGUGCAGACUUGGGGAAUCGAGCGUCAUUAUCUGAGAGCGGUUUUUCAGGCCAUCACAUCGAGAAUACGUUGCGGGAAGAAAACGAGUGUAGCAUGUCCGUGGUGAUGCUUAGAGGAAGUCGAGAAAUUCUGCUGGCACGAGUGAUCCUAUUCUCAUGGUUUGAUGUUGUGAAAAUGCUACCCGCGAUGAUUUCGGUUAUAGUAUCCGUUUUUGAUGCUCUUCGUUAGGUAUCGAGUGAGAGCCCCUUCCUGCCCUCGGCUGCUGAUUAGUUGUGCUGUGAAAUCUUGUCGGUGUGGUAGUUGUGUCAAUGUUCUCAAGUGCCGCGGGGUGUAGAAUACGACGCGCUGGUUCACAACGGGUGGAGAGCCAGAAGCCGGGUUGUUUCACCGACGAGUGAUUACUUCGUGGUGAACAACGCGAUUGAUGCGAGUAGGUGGGUCAGAAUAACUGGUAGGAAGUACAGUCG